GAAGCUAUCACGCCCGGAUAACUAUCGUUUCGCGAUAGCAAGAUGUCGUUUAUCGCACGAAAUGUGGCCAGAACGUUGGCACAGGCGUCAUGCCGUGGCAUUCAUUCCACGGCCGUAGCUCAAAACCCGCGUCAGGGAAAGAGUGAAGGUCGCAUCACUUGUACGCUGAUUCCCGGCGAUGGUGUUGGUCCCGAGCUGGUGUACUCGGUGCAGGAAGUGUUCAAGGCCGCCGACGUGCCGGUUGACUUUGAGACAUUCUUCCUGUCCGAGGUGAACCCAACGCUGAGCGCACCGCUGGAGGAUGUCGUACGGUCGAUCAACAAGAACAAGGUGUGCCUGAAGGGAAUCCUGGCAACGCCGGAUUUCAGCCGUACCGGUGAGCUGGAAACGCUCAACAUGAAGCUACGUAACGAGCUCGAUUUGUACGCGAACGUCGUGCACGUGGUGAGCCUGGAAGGUGUCCAUACGCGCCACAAGGGCAUCGAUGCGGUCGUCAUUCGCGAGCAAACGGAGGGUGAAUAUUCCGCUCUGGAGCACGAAGCGGUACCUGGGGUAAUUGAGUGUUUGAAGGUUAUUACCGCCCAAAAGUCGGCCCGAAUUGCCAAGUUCGCAUUCGACUAUGCGACCAAGCACAACCGCAAGAAGGUCACGUGCGUGCACAAGGCCAACAUCAUGAAGCUGGGUGAUGGAUUGUUCAUGAGGAAGUGUGAGCAGAUCGGAAAACUGUAUCCCAGAAUUCAGUUCGAAAAGAUGAUCGUUGACAACACGACGAUGCAGCUGGUCAGUAACCCGAAUCAGUUCGACGUGAUGGUGGCCCCGAAUCUGUACGGUAACAUUAUCGAUAAUAUCGCAUCCGGACUGGUUGGUGGUGCAGGUGUUGUUGCAGGUGCUUCGUAUUCCGCCGAGCAUGCCGUCUUUGAACCGGGUGCACGACACACGUUCGCCGAGGGUGUUGGUAAGAACAUUGCCAACCCAACGGCAAUGCUGCUCUGCUCGUCCAAGAUGUUGCGCCACGUCAACUUGCUGCCAUACAGCCAAAUGAUUUUCCAGGCAGUCCAGAACGUACUGCGCGCCGGUAAGGUCCGCACCAAGGAUCUCGGUGGUCAAAAUACGACCAACGAAUUUACCCAGGCUGUCAUUCACAAUCUGCGAUAA